CAGUUAAAGAAGAAGCAGCACUUGAAGGUUUGGCAGUAGAUCUAAAAAUAAUGCUUCUUGAAAAUACUUACGAAACAGUGGGAGAAGGAGGUGCCUUGCCAUUGCCAGCAUCAGAGCCUUUUGGAGCUGGUGGGCCGCCAGAAGGAGGAGGAGCGGCGCCAGUAGGAGCAGCUGGAGCAGCAGAACCUGAAGCAGCGGGACCGGGAGCACCCGUUGCACCCGAUGCUGCAGGACCAGGAGCUUUAGCAGUAUCGGUUGGAGGUGGUCCAGUUGGAGGUCCACCUGGUGCACCCGUUGGUGGAG